AUGGUUGCCGGCGACUCGGGCAUGGAGUCGGUCUUCGAAUGGUCCACCUCAGUCAUGAACGUCGAGCGGCGCGGCGCGACCGAGCCCAGCCUCUUCCAGGCGGACGGGGUGCACGUGCUGACCGGCCCGAUCUACGUCGAGGACGCGGAGGCGGGCGACGUCGUCGCGGUCGAGAUCCUCGACCUGAAGCCGCGGCCGAACCAGGACGGCAAGACGUACGGCUCCAACGCCGCUGCGUGGUGGGGCUUCCAUGCGCGCAACGACAAGGCGGAUGGCACCCCGUACUACCCGGGCGGCUUCAUGGGCAACGGGAGCGACCCGACCCUCCCGAACGACGAGACCGUCUCCAUCUACGAGCUCGACCCGAGCGGCGAGUACGCGACGCUCAACUACAUGUUCAAGUGGCCCUUCCUCACCGACCCGAAGGGC